GACCCCCAGAGUAGACGUCUGUAUCGCCUGCACAGGCUGCGGGGUCGUAUUCCUUCUCUUUCCUAUAAUGUCACCUUCAGACUGGAGCUGGACGGUCAUGUGGACGAUCUGAGGAAGAUCCUGGAGCCGCAGUUGGGUAACCUGGAGUCGGAGGUCCGUCCUCACCUGGGCGGUUGGUUUGAGGAUACGGUGAUGCCCGUCCAUCGGGUGGUGAAUCUCUUCCAGGAGAAGUUGGCGUACUUGCUUCAUGCGGCGCUGAGCUACACUCCAGUGAUUGUGGUAAACUCCACCGAGCGGACACAGAAUGACAUCAGCAGGUUUCAGAGCUCGGCUGGCCUGCAGGGAUUAGUGCAGGAGGGAACCAUGACGUCCCUGUGCGUUGCAAUGACCGAGCAGCAGCAGCGAUCAGUCACCGUGGACUUAAGUGAUGGUCAGCCCCAACUGGUCAGUGCAGGUAGGACUGCUACUUACUACUACCACUACUGUUACUACUCCUACCACCACUGCUGCAACAACUACUACUACUACUACCACUACUACUACUACCACUACUCCAAUCAGAGAGCAGCCUUCAUGGGCGGGGCCAGUAAACUGAUCUGUGAUUGGCUCCUCCAGGUCAUCCAGGACAUGAACAACCUGAAGAGACUGAUCCGGCAGGCGGAGAGCAGCCAUUACGCCCUGUUCCGCUGCUACAACUUCCUGAAGAACUGUGGGAACGGGGACAUCCUGCUGCAGAUCGUGAAGGUGGAGCAUGCGGAGAUGGCGGAGGCCCGAAGUGUGGUGACCGUACUGGAGGAGUUCAUCCGGGAGGAGGGCUUCUCUGUCCACGACUCCUGACCCCCGGGACUCCGCCUACUGCGUCAUGUGUGUGUGUGGUUUACAGUCCUGUCCGUACUGGGGCCCUGUAUAUGGGUCCUCUAGGGGCCCCUAAUCAUUUCAUAUAUAAAGGAGGCUCCCAACCUCCGUAUAUGGGUCCUUUACCUGCCCCUGGGGCCCCUAAUCAUUUCAUAUAUAAAGGAAGCUCCCAACCUCCGUAUAUGGGUCCUUUACCUGCCCCUGGGGCCCCUAAUCAUUUCAUAUAUAAAGGAGGCUCACAACCUCCGUAUAUGGGUCCUCCACCUGCCCCUGGGGCCCCUAAUCAUUUCAUAUAUAAAGGAGGCUCCCAACCUCCAUAUAUGGGUCCUCUACCUGCCCCUGGGGCCCCUAAUCAUUUCAUAUAUAAAGGAGGCUCCCAACCUUCGUAUAUGGGUCCUCCACCUGCCCCUGGGGCCCCUAAUCAUUUCAUAUAUAAAGGAGGCUCCCAACCUCCGUAUAUGGGUCCUUUACCUGCCCUCGUAGAUAUUUGUAUCCUCUUGUCAUAGUUUUUAUUUUAUUACCUUUAAAGUUGAACCGCGUCUCCUAUACAGAGGAACAACUACAACCCCCAUCCGGACCUGAUGUGUCUAUGGGGGGGGUACUGGCCCCUAAUAGACACUUUACUCUCCAGACAUUUCCGGGUGUACACAGUGAGGUCCCCCCAUAGACACUUUACUCUCCAGACAUUUCCGGGUGUACACAGUGAGGUCCCCCCC